AUGGAAUGGUCGACGACAAGCAACGUAGAAAACGUGAGAGUUUCUUUUGUGCCACCGCCAUGGCCGGAGUCUAGCUCCUUUAACUCGCUCCACAGCUUCAACUACGAUCCUUACGCAGCAGGAAUUCCAUACACGCACACCGAAACGCAAACCGGACCGGUUAUUUCUGUACCGGAAUCAGAAAAGAUCAUGAACGCGUACCGAUAUCCGAGCAACAACAACGAGAUGAUAAAGAAGAAGAGACUAACGAGCGGACAAUUAGCUUCACUCGAACGGAGCUUUCAAGAAGAGAUCAAACUAGAUUCAGACAGGAAGGUGAAGCUGUCGAGAGAGCUUGGUUUGCAGCCACGUCAGAUAGCGGUUUGGUUCCAGAACCGCCGCGCACGUUGGAAGGCCAAGCAGCUCGAGCAGUUGUACGACUCGCUUAGACAAGAGUACGACGUCGUUUCUAGAGAGAAACAGAUGCUACAUGAGGAGGUGAAGAAGCUGAGAGCUAUUCUGAGAGACCAGGGUUUGAUCAAGAAGCAAUUAUCCGGCAAAGAUGACGCGGUGGAGACUCCUCCUCCAUCAUUGAUGGUAGCUCCUCCAAGAACUGAAAAUCUGAAUAGCAGUCAAAUCACCGGAGGAAGUCAAAUUUACGGUACUGUGGGUCAAUACAACAAUCCGAUGCUCGUUGCUUCUUCUUGCUGGCCACCUUACCAGUGA